AUGUUCCUCUGGUGCUUCAGCCGAUUGAGAUUCAGCUUGGAUGCGUCUGCAGGUUCAGGUUCAUGGAGAGAUGGAGCCUGGGCGCCAGCGUGGUGGCUCUCCUACUCUUGCUGUCUGCUGGUUCUCAUGGAAGAGGUGUAUAUGACAGAUUUAACUGCGCUGUUUACGUGGACAUGCUCAAGAUGCAAUGACUUGACUCAAGGCUUUGAGAUGAGAUCUCUAAUUGUUGAUGUGGAGAACUGCUUGCAGGCAUUUGUUGGUGUAGCUCAUAAUCUGAAUUCGAUAAUUGUUGCAAUCAGGGGAACUCAAGAGAAUAGUUGUGAUUUAUGCUUAGAUUUGAUUAACCAGUGUACAGAAUUGGAUGAAAGACUUGAUAUGGAAGCAACUUGA